GACGGGUGUGAAGGGGGCCGGGAGGCUUCAUGUGGCUCCGUAUGGGGAGGAGCAGCCGGAACAUGGGCGGCUGGUCUGACCUGCAGGUGGGAUCUGAUCCAUAUCACGCUGCAGAUGAAACACAUGAGUGGUUCAUCUGCCUUCUGUCGUGUGUCAAUGUGUUUGUGUCAGGUCGAUAGUGGCCGUGUGUGGUACUCGAUGAGGGUACCUGCUUCGUCGUGACCGUCCCCUUUCUCGAGAGUCAUCGAUCGUCAGCGGCACUUGUGCAGCAGCUGGUCGCCGAGACAGUAAGCAGGACAGCGUCAUCCCUCUCGUCGCUGCAUGUGGUGAGCGAACGAACCCGGGAGCGCGAGUGACCGCUGAGUUUCCUUUUCAUUCGGUGCCUUCGUUCAUUCCCUUCAGAUGGGUCGACCAUAUCUGGAGGACCGCCUGAUCCCUGCAGGAGGAGCAUCAGCAGCUCCGCCCUCCCCCGCCCCUCCCAGGCCUCACUCGCAGCCUCUCUGCCAACCACGCCGACACACCAGCCACCCACAAGCACAGCCACGGGCUUCUCCACACCGGCAUAUUCCAGCUGCUGGGCCUCAAGCGCCUCAGUGGCGCCGGCGGCUCCUUCAUGGCCAUGGACACAGGCAGCAGCAGCGGCUGCUGGACGCAAAGCCACAACUCUCCCGAGCGGCGUUCGAGGGCCAUGUCAGGGAUGGCAUUUCCGGCCAGCGCGGUGCCCCCUCUCUCUGCCCCCGCCCGCAGCGCCCCCACCACGCCGCUCUUCCCGAUGCCAUCGAUGGUCGACUCGCCCGACGGGCAGAGCGACGAGAGUGGGACAGGCAGACGCCUGGAGGUGUGUCCCUGUCUGUUCCAAGCACGGCGACCAGCCUGCAGAGGGAGACAACAAGGGGGCCAAGGCCGUCACGCAGCUGUUUGCUUCAUGUGCUCCAUCGGCAUCGACCACAGCUACUGCAGGGGCGGCGUCUCAGCCGACGAGUGGCGGUGAUGCGAAGGACGCCCCUGCUGCCGCUGCAGGUCCGGCAGCCCCCGUGCAGCCCCGGCUGUCGUCCCCCAAUUUGACUUCGACCUGGUGCACGAUCUGGAGGACGGCGAUCCGGACAUACCAUACUCACCAAAUGGCUCAAGGUGACUGAAACAGAAGACACGACACACAUGAAGACGACACACAUGGUCCGGGAACGGUCGAUGUAGGCACUCUCUCUCUCUGCCUCUGUGGUUCAGGCUUUGGAGGCCCGUGAGCUUCAAGUAGACAGACGAUGUGGAGGAGAAGCUGAUGCUGGUCAAGUGGCAGCGGGCUGUAACGUGUCGCGAGAGGUUCGGUUUCUCUCCAAGUCGCUGUUGAGGCUGCAGCGGCCCCACUGGCCCCUGCAUAUGUCGCCCUCCAUGCCGUCCUUCCCGCCAUCACUACUCGUGCGGAGCGCAUCAGCGUCUGACGGCCAUCGGAACGGAUGCGGGAUGGCCGGCGUGGCGUCGCCCUACACGAGCGACCAGCUGAGAUACUUACGCGCGACAUCAGCUCGGUGAGUGGCUGCACUGCACACGAGGGGAAAUGGUGACUGUGAUAUGCACACUGGUUGUGUGGGUGAUCUAUGUGGCGUGCCUUUGCAGCGUCUCCGUGAGCGUGAGCACACGUGUGCUCAAGCGGCGAGAGGUCCCUGAUGGCGUGGCAAGCAGCCUACGUGUAAGCCCAGAGGCGCAUUCCGUUACGCACCUCAAUCUCGAGACUGCCUUCCUGUCUGCCUGUCUGUCAUGGGUUCGUGUCAGGCCACCGGAGUGCCGUCUCCGCGCUGCAGAUGCCGGGCGGCAUGCCCCCUCCCACCAUCUCGCAGCAGCCGACACCCGAGGGCCAGCUCUACUACGAGCGAGACCCUCAGCCGCCGCCCCACUUCCCCUCCCCAGCCACUGCACCAUUCGGCCUCCCACCGGCGGCAUCAGUGCACACCUACGGCGGCCCUCUCUCUUGGCACCACCCCGCUCCCUGCCCAGUCAGUGGCCUGCCUGCCUGCCUAGUGGUGCCCGCGACAUGAGCACACAAAGGGCCGGCUGUCAGGCGGCCUUUGUGUGUAAUGCGGGCUGGUCCGGCUUCGGCCGGACAGCUCGUUUCAUCAGCGGGGACCAUGACGGCACGGGAGCGCAGCACCACAGGGCAGAGAGGGGUGCUUGAGUGGCUGGCUGGGCAUGGUGGGAUGGGCUGGAUGGAUGAAUGGAUGGGCAGGCAGGCAGGCAGCUGAGGAGGCCACCGCCUCAGCUGCCGUGCGCACCGUUUGUGUGGAUUGGAUUGAUGGACUGAGUUGUGGAUAGACAGGCGGGACGACUGCUGCAUGUCAUGUCGGUUGAUACUUAUGUGCGUGUGCCAAGUGUGUGUUAACAGACGAAAGUACAUAUAUACACACAUGGUCGGUCAUCAGUCGAUGGCCACACGUGGACGGACGGACGGGCGUAUGCAUAUCGGUGCGUCCGUUCAUUGAUUGGUG